GGUUUCAUCUCGCUGUUCAUCGCUGCGCUCGCAUAUUGGCAGAUUCCGAAAGGUCCCGAGACGGCUAAAUUCCUAAACGAGGAGGAAAAGGUUGUGGCGGUGAAUAGGUUGCGGGUCGAUAGCGCAGGCACGACGGAGAGUGGACGGACUCGUUGGAAGCAUGUCAGGCAGGCUCUUUCCAGCACGCAUGUUCUUGUGUGCGGCCUCGGCUUCUUCUUUGGCAACACGGCCGCACAAUCCUUUUCGGUAUUUGCGCCGAGCAUCAUCAAGGACAUGGGAUAUGCCUCCACACGAGCUCAGCUACUGUCCGUUGGACCAUAUGUGGUUGCUUGCAUCUUCUCCGUCUUGAUCGGUUGGCUAUCAGACAGGUACAAAGCCAGGGCUGUGUUGAUCAUCGGUUCUGCUCCAUUGGGAAUCAUCGGUUUCUUCAUGCUGGAUUUCCUGCCUGCGAGCCAGCCGGGAGCCAAGUACGGUGCACUUUACCUUGCGGCAACUGGCAUCUACGCAUUCUUGCCAAUCUGGCUUUCCUGGGCAGUCAACAACUGUGCAACUCCCACCGUCCGAGCCUCGGCCUCAGGAAUCGUUUUCACCAUGGGAAGUUUGGGUGGUAUACUUGCUCCUUGGAUUUACUUGCCUGGCGAUGCACCCAAUUACCGCACCGGCCACGCCAUAUUGUUGAGCUUUCUGUGCGGCUCCUGGGCCUGUGCCGUCGGAUUACUGCUGUACUGUAAAUGGGAGAACAAGCAAAGAGAUUCAGGGAAGCGCGAUCAUGUACUCGAGGGCUUGACGGAAGCAGAGACGCUGGAGCUGAGCUCCAAACACCCGGCUUUCCGAUACAUGAUAUGA